CCCCAUAUCGGCUCGCCCCUCGUAUGACAGAUCGACCUGGCAGCGCUGGCUUUUUCGAUUUCGUUUUGUGCUGAUUUACGCGCGCAUCUUGUUUGUGUUGUUUUGCUUUGCAAUAAGUUAAUCAGCAGUGCAGGGAUUAUUGUUUAGCGAGCCAAAUCUGUUCAACACGAACACCUUGAUCGCCCGCGGCCUCGCCGCCGGAUGUGCCAAUGCGUGCCCCCAUCUCGAAUCCGGUUAACUCAACGGUCCCGAUUGCCUGCGACACUCUGCCCAAGGCUGCAGUUUUGGACCCAAAGCGCGUGUUGGCCAUUUCCAUGCUGGAGUCGACCCACAAGAGGUCAACAUUCCGGUCUUUUCCGCUCGGAUAUUACCAAGGCCACUUACUUCUCCACGCCGCUGCUGCUGGGCAAGAACGGUCUCGAGAAGAACCUUGGUCUGCCCAAGGUGAACGCCAACGAGAAGGAGCUGCUCAAGAAGGCCAUUCAGGAGCUGAAGAAAAACAUCCAGAAGGGCGAGGAGUUGGUCAAGAAGAAGUGAAUUUUUAGAUCAAGUUGAAAUUAUUUGUAACCAACAAUUGAAAAUAAAAUUUGAAGUACAUGAUAAAAAG